GCCGACGGCUGUAGCCCCGAGGAACGGCCGCGCGGACUUGGAUGGUGCGGCGGGCGCGAGCCCUGGACCAGUUCUCAGAGGCACCUUGCGGCAGGCCUUGCGCCACUCCCAGCCUCAGUUUCCCCGGCUUCGGGAGGAAGCCCAGCAUGCGGGGCUGGAGCAGCCGCACAAGCCGCGCGCAGUGAUGACGUGGCGGAUAAGGCCCUGGAGCCCCGGCGCCGGCUGUCAGAACCGCGGCGUCCCUCUUCUGUAAACCGGAGCUACAGAUUCGGCUUUUCCUCUGUGACGGGCCCAGCCCUUAGUCCAGAUGACACUCAUGUCCAUGGCUUCCGUGAUGGCAGUGGCUGAACCCAAGUGGGUCUCAGCCUGGGGCCGCUUCCUGUGGCUGACGCUGCUGAGCAUGGCUCUGGGGUCGCUGCUGGCCCUGCUGCUGCCACUGGGAGCCGUGGAAGAGCAGUGUCUGGCCGUGCUCAGAGGUUUCCACCUGCUCAGGAGCAAACUGGAUAAGGCGCAUCAUGUGGUCACCAAGUGCACCAGCCCAUCCACAGAGCUCAGCGUCACCUCUGGGGACGUGAGGCUGCUGACAGUCAAGACUAAGACACCUCCAGCAGGGAAGCUGGAAGCCAAGGCCGCACUGAACCAAGCCCUGGAGAUGAAGCGUCAAGGCAAGAGGGAGAAGGCCCACAAGCUCUUCCUGCAUGCCCUCAAGAUGGACCCUGGCUUCGUAGACGCGCUUAAUGAGUUUGGCAUUUUCUCAGAAGAGGAAAAGGACAUCAUCCAGGCAGAUUACCUAUACACCAGGGCACUGACCAUUUCACCCUUCCAUGAGAAAGCGCUGGUCAACCGGGAUCGGACGCUGCCGCUUGUGGAGGAGAUCGACCAGAGGUAUUUUAGCAUCAUCGACAGCAAAGUGAAGAAGGUCAUGUCCAUCCCGAAGGGGAGCUCAGCACUUCGCAGGGUCAUGGAGGAGACCUACUACCACCACAUCUACCACACGGUGGCAAUCGAGGGCAACACCCUCACCCUCUCGGAGAUCAGGCACAUCCUGGAGACCCGCUAUGCUGUGCCAGGCAAGAGCCUGGAGGAGCAGAACGAGGUGAUUGGCAUGCACGCGGCCAUGAAGUACAUUAACACCACCCUGGUCUCCCGCAUCGGUUCAGUCACCAUUGACGACAUGCUAGAGAUCCAUAGGAGGGUGCUGGGGUAUGUGGAUCCAGUGGAGGCAGGGAGGUUUCGGAGGACCCAGGUCCUGGUGGGACACCACAUCCCACCCCAUCCCCGGGACGUAGAGAAGCAAAUGCAGGAGUUCACGCAGUGGCUCAAUUCAGAGGAUGCCAUGAAUCUGCACCCGGUGGAGUUCGCAGCCUUAGCCCAUUACAAACUGGUGUACAUCCACCCUUUCAUCGACGGCAACGGGAGGACCUCCCGCCUGCUGAUGAACCUGAUCCUCAUGCAGGCGGGGUACCCCCCCAUCACCAUCCGCAAGGAGCAGAGGUCCGAGUACUACCACGUGUUGGAGGUCGCCAAUGAGGGUGAUGUGCGGCCCUUCAUCCGCUUCAUUGCCAAAUGUACGGAGGUCACGCUGGACACACUGCUCCUCGCCACCACUGAGUACUCUGUGGCGCUGCCGGAAGCCCAGCCCAACCAUUCUGGGUUCAAGGAGACACUCCCUGUGAGGCCUUAACCUUGUCGCCAAGGGAAGCCAGGAGAUGGCCUCCAAAGAACACCUUUCUAGAAACGUAGCUCUCCCCAGUAGCAAAAGGAGACAUUCAAACAUUCUUUACCUCCAGAUGUUUUUUAGUUGAGAAAGGAAACUAAAUUAUUAAGCCUUGUCUUUGGGGUAAUUUAUACUUCAGCCAAGUUAUUUAUUUAUUUUUUGAGUGGGCUAACAGUGCUGAGUGGUGCUGUGAUCCCAGCACCCUGCAGAGGAGCCAUGCUCCCCUGAUGUCCUGAGCCUUCGUUGUAGACAGAAUUUGCACUAAGGUGGGGGCAGGGGGACCAGAUCUGUGGGACGAAGCCCAGGGCCACAAGGGCCCCUCAAAUGCCUUUGAGGUCCUGUGACUUCAGAGGGAAGGCUACAGUCCUGUGCCAAACUUGCCCUGCUCUGUGGCAGGCUUCCACUCCUGAGAGGCUGUGGUGGCAGCGUCCGCUGGCAGAGCGGCCCUCUGAAACAGGAAGCAGACGUUGCCAUCUCCAGCGGGAGACUGCAGAUUUCCAGAGACCCUCUGAGCCACUGACUUGCUAACCUGAGGGGCGGGGGAUAUUAUUUUCCUAUGCAGACUUUGGAGGAGAGCAGCCAGCUUGGCUUUUUCUUCCUCCUGUACUUCACUUGCACCAACUCAGACCAGAUGCUUUAGGCAGGGCUCUCCAAGCUUGUCAGCCUCACGCCAUAAAGCAGGCCUGCUUCCAGUUCCCAUUCAGGGCUCCUGCCUGAAGACCUAGAGAACAGACCUGAAGACCUGGAGGUGAGGCUCAGUGGUACAAUGCUCUCCUAGCAUGCACCACGUCCCAGGCACCACCCCAACAGUAAAAAAAAAAAAAAAAAGUAUCUAAGAUACGUACCUACCCCAAAUAAGCAUUUCUGAUAAAAGCCAUUAUAGGGUCUAACGUCCCCUUGGAAAGGUAGAGCCUCAGAGUGGCCUUGCUUUUCCAGUAACUUGUAACGUGACAGUAUCAUGCCCGAUACAGAUGCAUUUCAAAGUUGUCAUCCUAGAAAAAUAACCUUUUUCCAAUCACGUGGCUAAGUGCCAAUUUGCUGCUGCUGCUGCUAUGGAGUCAGAAUGGCUAAAGGUCAGUGGGUUUGCUCUGAGGGACAGCCCAGGAGCCGCACACAGUACUGCACUUUGUUUGGAUGAUGGUAAAUUCUUACCAGGGGUCAAACCUCCAGUUUACAAGAUACUCAAUGGCAGUUUCUGCUGGGCUGAGGAGUGAAAAGAUGUGUGCAUGUGGUGGUGCCACACACAGCUCUCCAGCCUGCAAUGUCACACUGCACACCACUGCAUGGUAGUGCAGCCCCAAGCCCCAAGCUUUUUCCAAAUACCUGUAGUGAGAACCUGCACUUUAGAUACACAUGAAAGAGAUUUUAACAAAUUACUGGUUCUAAUAAAGUAUUUUAUUACAUAAACAUUGAUUGUGUUGUCUUAUUCAAGGAGGGAGUUCUGAGUUGCCACUGUGUAUCCUGCUCUAAGAACAGAUCUUAGAGGAUGCUUGCCCUGAGCUAAAUUCACUAAGUUUUUGCCCAGAUUUAAAGUGAUUUUGGUGGCUGGAGAGAUGAGAGCACCGACUGCUCUUCCAGA